AUGUAUGCGUGCAUGUAUAGAUGCAGAUUUAAGGACCUAGAAAACAUUAAAAUGCGACCCUGCCUAAGUUACAGACUACAUUUCCUUGAUGUUGUUAAUCAAAAUGUUGCAAGGGACAAAAGAAACUGGUAUAUGGAAUUUCUAAGUUUGUGGUGCAUCCAUUACCAAUGGUUUAAAGAUCCCUUCAAGUUAUGGAUUCAGUCUUCUGAAGGCCCAAUUUCAUUAUUUGGUUGUGUCGAUUGUGGAGAAUGUGUUGAAGAUGAAUGGUUUAUUGUGUGGAUGCUUUUGGAAAUUAGCAAACUAGAUCCAGGUGUUGUUAUUCGUGUUGUUGAUGAAGAUGGUGAAUUUCUCCUAAUCGAGUGUGCGAACCACUUACCGAGCUGGAUAAAUCCUGAAAACGCUGACAAUCGAGUAUGGUUGUAUCGUGGAGAAGUGAGUGUCAUCUGUAAAGACCGAAAAAUGAGAUUGCAAAUAAGUGAUGCUUUGAGUUCUUUCAAGAAUUCUGACAGCACCGAUUUUAUUGUAUCAAGUUCAAUCCAGUCUGCUAUUCAGCGAAAAAUAUUCAGGUAUCCUGGUUCUAUCAAAACAGCACAUUUGGCUCAUGUUACCGUACCUUACACAGUUGCAGCUGUUUUUACAGCCUUUGGUUCAAAGCAGAUAGUUAAUUCGGCUAUAGAUAUACUUGCGGACAAAAUUUCUGACUGUUCUGGUUUGAAGUCAUGGUUGAAAUUGUUCAACGAAAACCUAACUAUUUUUGCAGACCACUGCAUUAAUAAAGGUGGUGGUCGUAAACCUAUGUGGCCGAAAUUAUCGGAAUUAUCAAAAUCUUAUUUAACAAUCCCUAUUUGGUUCAACAAAGUUCGUUACGCGAAAUUGCGUUCAUUGCGGACACCAGCAGGACUAGUGCAGUUUCAAAGUAACAGUACCGCUUCUGGUCGCUUAGCUGCAGAACUUGGAUUAAAAUUGUGUGUUGGGCUUGAUCUUUUGCUGAACCAUGUCCGUUCACAUACAAAAAAUUCGAACUUCUCACCAUAUUUUAUGGUUUCUGGUGAAGCUGAGGGAGGAUGGCAUAAAUUUAUGGAGAGACUGACCAAUAGUGGUUACUUUCAGGAUGUUUUAGAAGGAUCAUGGCUGCACAAAGAACUUCAGCAUAAAGCUGAAUGUCAUUUUCUCGACUGUCUUUCAGAAAAGUCUUGUGAACCACCGGCUCACUUGGUUUAUAGUGAUUCCGAUGAUGCCUUAUGCACUAUACGGACAGAUAGCUUACUUGACGAACAUAGUCACCUUAUAUUCUCCAUUUUGAAUUACAUGGAGAAUCAUGAAUCAUGUUCAUCCAUCGUGGAGAAAGUUCGUACUGUAGAAGAAAAAGGAAUACCUCCUGCUGAUGAUGAAUCUUGGAUGUACGUCACAGCAGGGGAAUUAGAUAGAAUGUUGUCAGAGCGUGACGAAAUGAUUGAACCCGAUUUACCUUGUAAUUCAAUUUCAUCUCUUCUGAAAGACUUUAUGAAUUCUUCGUCUUCCUUCAAGGGCAUUGAACCAAGCAAAUAUUGUGCUGGAACCAAGCGAAACCUGAUUCAAAGCAGUGAAGAUAUUUCUGACGUAGAUGUUACUGGAGAUGAUAUUGAAGCUGGUUAUUCUGAAAAUUUUCAAUCUACUGUUGGUGAUGAAACUUAUGGGUCAAUGAAUAUGGGAGACAUCAUGAAGUCACUGCUUGAAGCUAAUGAUAAAAUCCUACCAAAGGAUUCCAAACUGAAAGGAUUGAUAAAAACGCCGAAGAUACUGAAUGAAAAGCAAAAUAAUGGUCGUGAAUUGUCCUUAUUCGAUGCAUCAAAGCAAAACGUGUGUGAUAUUCUUACAAGCGAUGACGAUGAGUUGAUUGACCUAUACGAUUAUGUAUCUUCUAGUUCUUUCGAUAGCAAUAGGAUUCCAAAGAGUUCAAAGAAGCAUCAAUGGAAUGAAACUAAAAAUAAGUCAUCAUUUCCCCCUCAAAAAAUAAUCCCUGCAACAAAGGAACAAGUCUGCACAUCUAGUUCAUCAGAUAAUGAGGAUUUCGAUGCCAGGAAAAUUUCAUCCAAAGGGAAGACAUCAUUUUCCAUGAAAAAGUAUUUAUCACAGUUAGAAAAUGAAUUGGAAGGUGAACCAGCAAAUAUUGGACGUUAUAUCCCAGGUACACAUAAAUCAUCAAUUCGUACUAAGUUAUCUGCCUACAAGCGGGGACUAUGCAGUGCUAAGAAGCCACGUGGAAAUAUACAACUUGCUCAACCAGAGGAUACAAGUUUUACUUUUGAUAUGACUAGCUGUGAUUCCGAUGACUUUUCUGAAGAAAUUGGUUCAUCAACAGAAAGCUGUGUAGAAACUUCUGAUUCGGAAUUGGAUGAAUAUGUUGCUCGUAACUUAUGUGCCUCUAUUAGAAACCAAUCGAAUCAGGCCCAUAGCCAGCCUGGUGGUCCUGCAGCUAAUCUGUUGUCGGCGAUCGGGUUACCUGUGCAUGAACUUUUCAGUAGAGAAAACAGUAACAGAAACUCAUCCAACACAAAAUAG